AUGAAGCCUACUUUCCUCAUUGUUUCUUUCAUGGCUGCUCUGUCCAUGGCCACCCCUACUCCCGCCGAGGGUGACCAAGUUGCCUCUCCCAACGACCAGGUCCGCGCUUCCGAUGAUCUCGUUGACUUUGACACCCGUGCCUGCAAGGGCAAGGGCGGAAAAUGCACUGGCAUCAAGGGACAGUGCUGCCGUGGCCUCAUUUGCACCUUCGACACAAGCUUCAAGAAUGGAAAGUGCAAAUAA